AUGUCCCAAGUGAGAGAACCUCUUCCUCCGGGGCCUGGAGGGCCAGAGCAAGCUCCGACUGAAAACAGCUCUUUGAUCUCUCUCCCUCGAGAAAAAAACAACCAGGAGAAUACUGCACCAGGAGAUAAGGAGAUAAAACAGCCUUCCAGGAAGCAAAGUAUACAACCAGAGAUACAAGACCAGUCCAUCUGGGGAAAUCGCACUGAUGGUGACCUCAUCAGAACACAACCUCAGCGUUUGCCUCAGCCAAAUACUUCAGCACUGGAAAGGGGUGAGGAAGAAAGUGGCCAAAUCCAAAAUGGCUACACAGGUCUGAGUAAUGGAAGUGGAAUUCACAGCGGGGUCAAGCACGCACCUGCAGACAACCGAAAGCUUUCAGCUCCUGUUUCAGAAAAAAUGCACAGAAAAAUUCAGUCUACCUUGUCUGUCAACAGCAACAGCAGCAAGAAGAGUAAACUAAGCUCUGUGUUUUCUCAAAAGCCAGGUACUUCACCUGAAGAUUGCUGCGUUCACUGUAUCCUGGCUUGCUUGUUUUGUGAGUUUCUCACCCUCUGUAACAUUGUUCUGGGACAAGCACCCUGUGGCAUCUGCACGUCGGAGGCCUGCUGCUGUUGCUGUGGGGACGAGGUGGGGGAUGACUGUAACUGCCCGUGUGAUAUGGACUGUGGCAUAAUGGACGCAUGUUGUGAAUCUUCAGAUUGCUUGGAGAUCUGCAUGGAAUGCUGUGGGAUCUGCUUCCCAUCCUGAAAUAUUUAUCCCUUUU